CUGGAUCGGGCAGGAGUCGAAAUGGCUGAGACCGCUCCCGUCGCCGCUCCCGAUGUUGCCGCCGCCGACCCGGCCCCGGCCAAAGCUCCCGCUGCCAAGAAGCCGAAGAAGGCGGCGAGCGCCUCCAAAGCCCGCAAGCCCGCGGGGCCCAGCGUCACCGAGCUGAUCACCAAGGCCGUGUCCGCCUCCAAGGAGCGCAAGGGGCUCUCCCUCGCCGCGCUCAAGAAGGCGCUGGCCGCCGGCGGCUACGAUGUGGAGAAAAGUAACAGCCGCAUCAAGCUGGGCAUUAAGAGUCUUGUCAGUAAAGGCAUCCUGGUGCAGACCAAGGGCACCGGCGCCUCCGGCUCUUUCCGCCUCAGCAAGAAACCCGGAGAAGUGAAGGAAAAAGCYCCCAAGAAGAAAACUGCCGCAGUCAAGCCCAAGAAGCCGGCAGCUAAGAAGCCCGCUAGCGCCGCCAAGAAGCCCAAGAAGGUCACAGCGAAGAAGAGCCCCAAGAAAGCUAAGAAGCCGGCGGCCGCCGCAGUCAAGAAAGCAGUCAAGAGCCCCAAGAAGGCGACAAAAGCUGCCAAGCCUAAAAAAGCAGUUGCAGCAGCGAAGAGCCCGGCAAAGGCAAAGACUGUGAAGCCCAAAGCAGCUAAACCCAAGGCAGCCAAGCCGAAAGCAGCCAAGGCAAAGAAGGCGGCUCCCAAGAAAAAAUAAAUUGUGUGGAAGAAAUUCUAUCUGCUCUGCAGAUAAACCCAACGGCUCUUUUAAGAGCCACCCAAAUUUUCACAAAAAGAGCUGAAACUCUGCGUCUCUGUGUGUGCACGUGUAUUUUAACUUCUUUUUCCCCACCUUUGAUAAUGCUUUUAAGAGGACCCGGUAACAUUUCUGCGCUUUCGUUCUUAGUUUUUUCCUGGUGCCGACCAGCCUCUCAAUAAAAAAUGGCGGGCGUUGGUGCAAAUA